CGCAUGACGGCGGCGGGGACUAGCGAGCCGCGGCGAACUGUGAGGCAGUCAAAGACGGAGCGCGCGGCGAGCUGGGACUUGCGCUCGCCGCCGCUCGUGCUCUGGGCGUAGCAAGCGAGCGAGAGGUUAUGAGCCUGCAGGACUCCAGCGGCCACCCUCGCUCCGGCCGCGGCCAUGGCAGCCUCCAUAGAGCAGGAGUUCCAGGAGAUCGACACUGCUAACGACUGGCAGGCUCGCUACCUUGAAAUUCGACAUAAAUCCAAUGACUAUCCUCAUAGAGUUGCAAAAUAUCCAGAAAACAGAAAUCGAAAUAGAUACAGAGAUGUCAGCCCAUAUGAUCAUAGUCGUGUAAAACUGCAGAACACAGAGAAUGACUAUAUCAAUGCCAGUUUAGUAGUCAUAGAAGAAGCCCAAAGAAACUAUAUUUUAACACAGGGUCCACUUCCUAAUACUUGUUGUCAUUUUUGGCUAAUGGUAUGGCAACAAAAGACCAGAGCAGUUGUCAUGCUAAACAGAAUUGUUGAAAAAGAGUCAGUAAAAUGUGCCCAGUACUGGCCAACAGAAGAAGAGGAAGUCAUGAGGUUCAAGGAAACGGGAUUUUGUGUGAGGCUAGUAUCAGAGGACGUAAAAUCCUAUUAUACAGUACACCUACUACAAUUAGAAAACAUCAAUAGUGGUGAAUCCAGGAUGAUAUCUCAUUAUCACUAUACUACGUGGCCAGAUUUUGGAGUCCCUGAGUCCCCAGCUUCAUUCCUCAACUUCUUGUUUAAAGUCAGAGAAUCUGGUUCGCUGAGUCCUGAACAUGGACCUGCCGUAAUUCACUGUAGUGCAGGGAUAGGACGCUCUGGCACAUUUUCAUUAGUAGACACCUGUCUUGUCCUGAUGGAAAAAAAAGACCCUUCUUCUGUGGACAUUAAGCAAGUAUUAUUGGAUAUGAGAAAGUAUCGCAUGGGACUUAUUCAGACGCCUGACCAGCUAAGAUUCUCAUAUAUGGCUGUAAUAGAAGGAGCAAAAUUUAUCAUGGGGGAUUCAACUAUACAGAAACGGUGGAAGGAACUUUCUAAGGAGGACCAAGCACCAAGUUCUGAGCAGUCUCCUCCACACCCAACCAGAAUAAAUAUGGAGAAGUACAAUGGGAACAGUGUGGGCUUAGAAAAACAGGAGCAAAUGGGGGAGAAAACAAAUACUGAACUGUCCACUAAAGUACAAGAUACUAUGGAUGGAAACACUGAAAGUACUGUUCGGAAACGGCUGCGAGAGGAUAGAAAAGCUUACACAGCCCAGAAGGUGCAUCAGAUGAAACAGAAGCUAAGUGAGACUGAAAGAAAAAGAAAAAGGUGGUUAUAUUGGAAACCUAUUCUCACUAAGAUUGGGUUUGGUACAGUCAUUUUAGUUGGAGCUUAUUCUUGCUGGAAACUGUAUUUUCAAGAACAUUCCUUGCCGAGACUGACUGACAUCUAAACCUCCAAGACUUGUGAAUAUUCUGCAUCUAUAUAAAUUGCAAACUAUUGACAUGCAAGGCAAGAUAUGAACCCCUCUCCGGGAACAAAAGUGAGGUCUGAUAAAUACCAUGAAGGCCUCAUAAUUAUCUGUUUACAACGUAAACUACAUCCAGGGGAUGAAGAACACCACCAGCAUGCUACUUUGCAAAACAAAAUAACUUGCUGUCUUCUGUGUUUUUUAUAAUGCCUGUAUUAAUUGUAGAAAGAUGUAAAAGAAAUAAACUAGAAAAUACUUUGUACUGCCAUUUUUAUUGUAUUUUUAUACAUUUUUGGCAGCAUUAAAUAUUUUUUUAAAUUGACAACAUACUGUUGUGUGCGCAUUAUGUUAGGGGAAAACUAUUAAACAGUAUUUCAAGAAAACUGG